GCAACUUGGAAAUUCAACAUGACGGCGGCCGAGUCGAAGCCAAAGAUCUUCCCCGAGAGCGCCAAGUUAACGGCCACAUGCAACCCUUACUUGGACUUCUAUCGGACCUUCCAGAAGUCCCAGCCAAAAGACAUGGCGCGGCUCUUUGACCCGGACCUCGAUGACGACACUCGCGAGGAGCUGUUCAACCUCGUGGACGACAAAGUCGCGGCGAAAUACUCGUGGGCUAUUCCGGACGAGCGAGCCCUUCGAAUCAUCAAGCAUUACGGACCAAUUGUGGAGAUUGGGGCUGGCACGGGCUAUUGGGGACGACUGCUGCAGUUGCGUGGGGUCGACGUCAAGUGCUUCGAUCUGCACGUUCCAGGCGAAGAAGGUGACGGUGCAGGAGAGGACGACGACGACGACGAAGAACCGGAACGCAUGACGUGGUUGGAUGUUGAACAGGGCACGCCGGAGGUCCUGAGCCGAUUCAAGAAGCGCACGUUGCUGCUGUGCUAUCCAGACGACUACGAAGACAGCGAAGAGUCAAUGGCGGAAGCUUGCCUCAACAAUUACACGGGGGAAUAUGUGAUUCACAUUGGGGAAUUGUUUGGCCACACGUUGUGCCUUCCCGAGCCGUGGGGCCGGACGUCGUCGCCAGAAUUCCAGACGCGACUAGCUGCUGUGUUUCACAAAGUGCUCCAAGUGCCGCUCAACUCGUGGCACUCGAGUGUCGACACGCUCACCGUGUGGAAGCGGACCAAAACGUGCAUCGUUGACGACGGGAUGUAUGCGUAUAUUCCUGUGGACGAACAGCUGACCAUGGUCAUGUCGAGCCCGAGCACAGAACACUUGUUACAUGACUCGAAAGACAUACCUGUGGUGUCCAAGAAAGCCAAGAAGCCGCGGUCGUAAACAAUGCAACGCUUUCCACCUUGCCUAACUGGAAGCUGUAGUAGCAUAGUAUAGAUAAUUCAAGUUGUAAUAUUCUGCUUUCAAC